CUAAUGACAGACUUCCAGGACUGUGUUGGCGUUGUUCGCGCGAUCAAAUUAGAGCGGUGGUUCAAGUUGACUUAAUGUUUGCGACUAUUGAGCAGAGCCUAUUGAGCAGUAUACUCAUUAUUGUCCCAGCAUGGGUUAUCGCUGCGUCACUUUGAAUUCCACGUAUUCCCCCUUCCAAGAAAAUGAUAGAUAUUUUAUUAAUUCUUGAUUAAGUUGCCAAGUAACGAGGAGUUUUUUAACAGACAAGAUGUCGUUCGUCUCUAUGACUUUUCUUUUCCUUUUGAAUGCGAUGUUGAUGGGACAGUUUGGCCUGGUUUUAGGCCAAAACACGUGCAAUUCAAAUUCUGAUUGUGUGAGCAGCUAUUACAGCAACAAAGUUUGCUGUAAAGGAUAUGCCUAUCAAUAUGGAUAUACUAGUAGAAAAUGCAGAUACGGAAUUAGUUCAUGCGUCGGUCGCUAUUGCACAACAGAUGGUGAUUGCGGAGGAAAAAACGAAUGCUGUAAAUCAAACAAGUGUACCACGUCAGGCUGUAGCAAUUGUUACUCUAAUUCAAACUGCGGUUUCUCAGAGUAUUGUUGUAAACAGCGAUAUUCUUACGAUAAACAUGUUUGCAGACGAAGCUGCGUUGGGGAGACAUGCCAUUCCAGUUUAGACUGCGGUGGUUUUUCAGAGUAUUGUAACUGGAACAAAAAAUGUGCCUUGUCUACCUCGUGUUCAUCGAAUUCUGGAUGCUCCGGUUCGACGUAUUGUUGUAAGCGAGGAAGCUACACUAAUGUUUGUCAAAGCAGCUGUGUUGGGGAAAAAUGCUCGUACGACAGUGAUUGUGGAGGGCCUGGAGAGAGUUGUGAUUCGAGAAGCAAAAAAUGUGUCGAGUGUUCUACAGACGGUGAUUGUAGCGGUGAUAAAUGUUGUCUUAAUAGCACAUGCGUCACCUCAGGCUGCACGCGGUGUUCAUCGAAUUCUGGAUGCUCUAGUUCGGAAUAUUGUUGUAAGCGAGGAAGCUACUAUUCUAGCGUUUGUCGAAAAAGCUGUGUUGGUGAAAAAUGCUCGUACGACAGUGAUUGUGGAGGACCUGGAGAGAGUUGUGAUUCGAGUAGCAAAAAAUGUGUCAAAUGUUCUACAGACGGUGAUUGUAGUGGGAGUGAAUGUUGUCUUAAAAACAAAUGCGUCACCUCUGGCUGUACGCCGUGUUCAUCGAAUUCUGGAUGCUCUAGUUCGGAAUAUUGUUGUAAGCGAGGAAUCUUCGACGUUAACGUUUGUCGAAAAAGCUGUGUUGGGAAAACAUGCUCCUACGACAGUGAUUGUGGAGGGCCUGGAGAGAGUUGUAAUUCGAGUAGCAAAAAAUGUGUCGAGUGUUCUACAGACGGUGAUUGUAGUGGUGAUAAAUGUUGUCUUAAUAGCAAAUGCGUCACCUCAGGUUGUACGCGAUGUUCAUCGGAUUCUGGAUGCUCCAGUUCGGAGUAUUGUUGUAAGCGAAGAAGCUACUUUUCUAGCAUUUGUCGAAAAAGUUGUGUUGGGGAGACAUGCUUCUUGGACAGUGAUUGUGGUGGGCCUGGGGAGAGAUGUCAUUCCAACAAAUGUAAGAGAACUUAUUCCUCUACAACUGCAUCCUGGGUUGUUACAGCGAUCGUGGUAGGCGUGAUACUGUUCUUUGCCGUAUUUGGCGGUAUUAUCAUAUAUCGAUAUCGUUGUUUCCGUGGCUCAUCCCAACGUGGACGGGUCGUGAGACAACCUGCUCCCCAGAACGCAAUUGCUUUUGUUGCCGUUGAAGGUCAUACCAGCGCUCCACCACCGCCAGUCUGCAAUACUCCCCCUCCUCCUUAUUACAUCCAGGAAGGAGACUUUCCGUCCCCACAACCCAGCCAGUUUCCUCCGUCUGAACCCCUACUCUUUCAGGAACCUCAACCCCCGCAAUACUAGUCGUGGUAAUAGUUAACAGAUGACGAGGAUUCUACGUUAACGUUUGUCGAAAAACCUGUGUUGGUGAAACAUGCUCCUACGACAGUGAUUGUGGAAGGCCUGGGGAGAGAUGUCAUUCCAGCAAAUGUAAGAGAUCUUCUUAUUCCUCUACAACUGCAUCCUGGGUUGUCCCAGUGAUCGUGGUAGGUGUGAUACUGUUCAUUAUCGUGUUUGGCGGGAUUCCCGCAUAUUGUUGUUUCCGUGGCUCAUCCCAACGUUGACGGGUCGUGAGACAACGGGCUCUCCAGAACACAGUUGCUAUUGUUGCUGUUGAGAAUACCCAAUUUCAAACCAGCGCUCCACCACCCCCAGUCUACAAUGCUCCCCCUCCUCCUUACUACAACCAGGGAGGAAACUUUCCAUCCUCGCAACCCAACCAGUUCCCUCCGCCUCAACCCCUACACUUUCCAGGAUCCCAACCCCCGAAGUACUAGCCGUGGUAAUAGUUAAACAGUUUGACGGAAGGAAGGCUUUAUUAAGAUUAUAUAUUCGAGUUACUGAUUGCAUAUUAAAGUAAAGUAGGAACUGUAUUUAAGGACUAUACCAGGCCUUGGUAUUUGGCUUCUGCAUGAUUCCGUCAUUAAUGUUUAAUCUCUAUAGCUAAGUAUAGCAGUGGGCGUACCAGUCUGACAUUUACUUGCCCUGUUUAUGCUAUUUCGAAUUCGCAUCGUCACGACAUCAAAAUUAGCCAUGGCAGACCGAUUUUUAUCCCCAAAAGUAUGACAGCAUGAUUGCUUUAACUUGAUCUGCCAAAUGAAAAAUGUUCUGGGGAUAGAAAUACCGUAAAACAACUUAAACUGAUGUCGUGACCAUGUAAAUCUGGUAUAUUGUAAACGGGGUCUUUUCUGCCUUGCAAAUUUCAACUCUUUAGGAUAAUUGAUUUCUUUAGAAAUUCAUUGUUUCCACAUUCAAUGAACACCAAAAUAAUUGUUAGCAAAGCAGGAGUAAAUUGUCAGGUUGCCUACGCUAUUGAAUUUUAUACGUAGUUCAAUGUUAAGAAAUAAAACGAUAUCGCGUUUACUAAGAUUCUUUCAGUUUUGUCAUUAUCAGUUCGCUUUGUAGUGUUUUUUGUUCGACUAAAAUAGAUUUCUGCAUACAAAAAAGCGAAUCUUGUAUGAUUUAGCAGUAAAUUUUAUCACAACGUGGGCGGUUGAAAUUAAUAGACAUAAACAAUACAGUUCAUUCUGAAAAAUUCCACAUUUUUUUA